AUGGAGAGAGCUCGAAAACGGGGAGAGGAAGAUGGUCUUUUAAUUCAUCGAAAGGAAAAAAAAAAGAAAAUAAAGAAAAUAAAUGGGUUUGAUUGGGAGUUGAAGCGAAAGGACAUCGACCAAGUUAACGACGACUUCUCCGGUUUCUCGCUCUCGUCGCCGGCCACCAAGAUUCGCCGUCUCGAUGUCGAUUUGCCCCCGAUAAUCGAGGAGGACUCCUUCCCUGAGAAUCACGAAAGAGCCAUAGUUCUCUUUAACCCGAACCCACUCCUUCUUGAUCCUAAUGAACCUCCCUUGUGUUCUCCUCCUCCUUCUACCCCCUUCGUCUCCCUCCAUUCCGACCUCAUCUCCGGCUUCAAGAACCAAUUCCUACGGGCAACCGACACGAAAUCAGCCGAAACCGAAGAGAGCAAGAAGGAAAGCGAGGGAUGUUUAGCUAUGGUUCCAUGGGUUCCUUCACAGAUUCCUUCAGUGGAAAGCAGAGGUUUGGAGCAGGAAAUCCCGAUUCCAGAGUCGAUGGAAACUGAUGAAAUGGAUGUAGAAGAGAAUUGUAAUGACAAAGAAAGCAUGCAAGAAGUUCACGGAUAUCAAUUCCAAGGGUUGAAGCCAAGAGAGGCGUUCCAUCACUGGACGCAGCCGCAACCGCAGCAACAUUGCAUGAUCCCACAGCCUCCUCAAUACCCUUUCACUCCAAUCACAUGGUCUGAUUGA